UUUUUGACUCUACAGUGAGUUUACGGAAUUGUAGAUGGGUUCUUUAGAGGUUGGGACUCCAAAGAAGAGAACAGCUCCUCUGCUUCGUUCUUCUUCGUCAAGCGAAAGCGAUCGAGACUCAUUUGCUCAGAGGCCCAGACCAAGAUUUGUUCGGAUUCUACUAUUCAAGAAGGUUACCUACCUGCAAUGGAUUUUAACUGUUGCUUUCUUCUUCUUCGCUGCUGUUCUAUUCCUGGCGUUUUUGUAUAGCUCCGAAAUGGAGAAGGCGGGAGGUUCUUUUCAAGAAACAGAAACAGUCUCUGAGGACUGGAUGGUGUCGAAGGUAAUGGGCAGUUUAGAUUUCGGGGAGGGUAUCCGGUUUGAGCCGUCAAAGCUGUUGGACAAGUUCAAGAGAGAGGCUAGAGAGUCGAAUAUAUCUUCAGUUUCGAGCAGGCCGGUGGUGCGUUCUGGAGUCAGAAAGCCGCAGCUUGCUUUGGUAUUAGCGGAUCUAUUGGUGGAGCCUGGACAGUUGAUGAUGGUCAGUCUUGCUGUUUCUUUGCGGGAGAUUGGGUAUGCAAUUCAGGUUUACUCUCUUGGAUAUGGUCCUGUGCAUACUGUUUGGAGAAGCAUAAAAGUGCCUGUCAGGAUUAUUCAAACAAGUAACAUGACAGCGAUUACUGUGGACUGGUUAAACCACGAUGGCAUACUUGUGAACUCUCUUGAAGCCAGGGGUGUUUUCUCGUGUCUUGUCCAGGAGCCAUUCAAAUCUUUGCCUGUUAUAUGGAUGAUCCAUCAAAGAUCACUAGCUACCCAAUUAUCUCGAUACAUUUCAAAUGGGCAGAUUCAGCUUCUCAAUGACUGGAAGCAAGCUUUCAACCGAGCUACUGUUGUUGUCUUCCCAAACUAUGUCUUACCGAUGAUGUAUUCGACGUUUGAUGCUGGAAACUACUUUGUUAUUCCGGGCUCUCCAGCCGAAGCAUGGGAAGCAGAUAUUUUAAUGGCCUUGUACAACAAGGAUGACUUGCGAGAGAAAAUGGGUUUCAAACCCGAAGAUCUCAUUGUUGCCAUUGUUGGAAGUCAAUUUUCAUAUAGUGGCUUGUGGUUGGAGUACACAUUUGUUUUGCAGGCCUUAUUACCUCUUUUCAGAGACUUCUCAUCUAAUUCUGAUUCUCUAAUCAAACUCAAUAUCUUAAGUGGGAACUCAACUGGCAACUACAAAGUGGUUUUGGAGGCAAUUGCUCGUAACUUGGGAUAUCCAAGGGGCAGUGUGAGGCAUAUUGGCAUUAAUAAGGAUGUCAACAGCUUUCUCAGCACAGCUGAUCUUGUGAUAUAUGGGUCCUUUCUUGAAGAGCAAUGUUUUCCAGAUAUCUUGGUUCGAGCAAUGUGCUUUGGGAAACCAAUUAUUGCGCCAGAUCUUACCAUGAUUAGGAAAUAUGUUGAUGACAGGGUGAAUGGGUUUCUUUAUCCAAAGGAGAAUAUCAGAGUUCUGACACAGGUUCUAUUCCAAGCAGUUUCAAAAGGAAAAUUGUCUCCACUGGCGCAGAACGUUGGAUCAAUUGCAAAAGGUCUUGCAAGAAAUUUAAUCGCUUCUGAAACUAUUGAAGGGUAUGCUUCACUCCUGGAAAAGGUUCUCAAGUUUCCAUCAGAGGUUGCGCAUCCUAAGGAUGUUGCUGUGGUUGCUCCAAGGUUGAAAGAAGAAUGGCAGUGGCAUCUCUUUGAAGAUAUUGUAGGUCCAAGAUAUUUGAAUACAAGUUUUAGGAGUUACAGAUUUCUUGGCCAGGUUGAGGAGCUCUGGAACCAUACACAAACAGAGAGUUCUGAUGCAAGAAGUUUAGUUGAUGGUUCUUUCUCCUAUAGUGAUUGGGACGAAGAGAGACAUUUUCAAAUGGUGAAUGCCAGAAAACGCCGAGAAGAAGAAGAGUUGAAGGAUAGAAUUGAUCAACCCCGUGGAACAUGGGAGGAAGUGUAUCGAAGGGCUAAGAGGGCUGAUAGGUCCAGAAAUGAUUUACAUGAAAGAGAUUAUAGGGAGCUUGAAAGAACAGGGCAGCCAUUGUGCAUCUAUGAACCUUACUUUGGGGAAGGGACCUGGCCUUUUCUGCACCUUAGUUCACUAUAUCGUGGAAUUGGGUUGUCCACAAAAGGUCGGAGACCAGGAGCAGAUGAUGUGGAUGCACCAUCACGUCUUCCAGUUCUUAAUAACCCUUAUCAUCGAGAUAUCCUUGGUGAAUAUGGGGCCUUCUUUGCUUUGGCUAACAGGAUUGAUCGUGUGCACAAGAACGCUUGGAUAGGUUUUCAAUCUUGGAGAGCAACUGCAAGGAAGGCUUCUUUAUCUAAUAUUGCUGAAAAGGCAUUGCUGAAAGCCAUUGAAGACAGGAGGCAUGGGGAUACUCUCUACUUUUGGGUUUCCAUGGACCAGGAUCCUAGGAACACAUUGCAACAAGAUUUUUGGUCCUUCUGUGAUGCAAUAAAUGCUGGAAAUUGUAGAUAUGCGUUUUCGGAGGCUCUUCGAAGGAUGUAUGGUCUGAAGAAAGAUUGGAAUUCCUUGCCACCUAUGCCAGUGGAUGGGGACACAUGGUCUGUCAUGCACAGCUGGGUUUUGCCAACCCAAUCCUACCUCGAGUUUGUCAUGUUCUCAAGAAUGUUUAUUGACUCAUUGGAUGCACAGAUGUAUGAUGAGCAUCGUCGCAGUGGGCACUGUUUUCUCAGUAUAUCAAAGGAUCGGCAUUGCUACUCUCGUGUGCUUGAGCUGCUCGUGAAUGUCUGGGCAUACCAUAGUGCAAGGCGGAUGGUAUAUGUGAACCCAGAGACUGGUGCAAUGCAGGAACAGCACAGGUUGAAGAGCCGGAGAGGUCAGAUGUGGGUCAGUUGGUUCUCAUACACUACUCUAAAGAGCAUGGAUGAGGAUCUGGCCGAAGAAUCAGACUCUGACCAUCCCACUAGGCGGUGGCUGUGGCCGUUAACCGGUGAGGUUUUCUGGCAAGGUGUGUAUGAGAGGGAGCGAAAUCUACGACACAAACAAAAAGAAAGAAGAAAGCAACAUAGCAAGGAUAAGCUCACGAGAAUGAAGAAACGAUCUCGCCAAAAAACCAUUGGCAAAUAUGUUAAGCCCCGGCCUGAGAAGAUAGGAGACUCAAAUUCAAUGGUGUUGGCAAUGGCUGUGGUAUAGAGAGUUGCCCUCAUGGUGGUGGUUACCCGUUAUGAGUGAAUCAAUAUUCCAAGUUGAUAAUUCUUUUCUAAUCUUC